GUGGCACAAGCCUAUCUUUCAGAAAUGGUUGAUAAAGAAUAUUAAAAAACGAUAUAAAUGUUGAGUCGUUUUAGAUUCCACAAAACAACCACUUGUGUGUACAAUUAUCUUCCAUAUUUAUUUAAAUAAAUAAUAUUUGAAGUGAAAAGUAAUGAAGUUAAUCGGAUAAAAAUACAACGAUUUAUCAUGUAUUUCUUGAAAUUCAAUAUGAUUUUCUUGGUGCAAAUAUUUCUUCUAUUUGAAUCGAUACAUUGUAUGAAGGAAGGACCCAGUAUCCCAUUUUUGAGCUUGAACGAUGGCAACAAAUUACCGACGAUGUCUUUUGGAACCUACCUUUUGAAAGGUGAAGUGGGCCGUCAAUCAGUAAUACGUGCUGUGGAAUCAGGCUUGAGAUUUAUCGACACAGCAGCCUAUUAUGAUAACGAAGAAGAUGUAGGAGCUGCUAUUGCUGAUCUUAUUCAGAGGAAAGUCGUCACGCGAGAGGAAAUCUUUGUUAGCACUAAGCUAUGGAGUGCUAGUCAUGCAAGAGACCAAGUGGUGCCGGCACUUAAGGAGUCGCUACAAAGGCUUGGACUGGAUCAUGUCGAUCUCUACCUUAUUCACACUCCGAUGGCUGCAACUGAAAAUGGCACAUUUCUAUGUACGGAUUAUUUAGAAACUUGGCAGGGAAUGGAAGAAGCGAAGAAACUGGGUUUGGCGAAAUCUAUUGGUGUAUCAAAUUUUAACAGUAGGCAAAUCAAUAGAAUCAUAGCGUAUGGAAACAUAGUUCCUGCUGUUAAUCAAAUAGAGGGAAAUCCGUCUUUUCCCAACAUACCAUUAGUGGCAUAUUGCCAACAAAAAGGCAUUGUUGUUAUGACGUAUUCUCCUAUGGGAUUCCUAGUCCCUCGAGGACGUGGACAAGAAGAACCAAUUGGGCCGUCAAUAAAUAAUACAGUUUUAGUUGGCAUUGCUCAGAAGUAUGGCAAAACUGUAAUACAAGUCGUUCUUCGGUAUCAGAUUGACCGUGGCACUAUUCCAAUAUCAAGGACGCAAAAUCCUGAGCAUUUGAAGGAAAAUAUAAAUAUAUUCGAUUUCAGUCUCACAGAUAACGACAUAGCAAGGAUCAAUGAAAUGGAUGUUGAUGUGAAAGUGUUCACUUUAGCAUUGUUAAGACACCAUCUUUAUUAUGGUAUUUACACACCAUAGGCUUCUGAUACAGAAAAAAUGUACUUAAAAAUAAAAUAAUCAUGAUUAAAUGUGUAUGUAUGCAA